UGUAGAUUUGAUGGGAGUUAUCACUUUCAUCAUCUUGUACGGUCAAAACUAGGGGUUCCUUUACCUUAAGCGUAUAAUAGCCUUACACUAUAAUCGUUUCUCCAUGUACGCCCUCUGUUUUCGUUUCCUCUUCUUUAGUAUUUUGAUCACAAGAUAUGCACAAGAUGUGCAUUUUUUUUCUCCUAAACUCUAAACGCGGUAAAACAUUCUAAAAGGAUUCUAAAUGGCAAUAGGCAAGGUUUUUGAAAUUGGUAUCCACAAGAAAAUAAUUAUGUAAAUAUUGGAUAUGUGUCUUGAUGUUAAAUGAGAUUUAUAAAAAUGAAGACCUCGUUCGACACUUUCUUUGAAACUAAAGUACCGAGUUCACAUGGAAAAAGCCACACUAUAUUUUUUAAUUACCAACCUCGAAAAAAAAGCUGUAUUUUAUUUUAAGAUGAGAUGAGCCGAGAGGAAUGAGCGGAGAGUCGGCAAACCAAUAAAAUAUAAUUUAAUAUAAAAUAUUGUGCAUAUCAUAUGUCAUAGCCCCGAAAGAAUUACUGUAUUAUAUUAUACUGAACUAUUUUUUUUACUUUCGCUGUAUUAUACCUUGAGCGUUACGACUAAUUGCGUUUCUCUUCGGACUCAUUUUCAUACUUAUAUUAUAAGCUAUAAAACGUUGUGUUGUCUUGCGUGUGGUCGGCUCGUUUUGGCUUAUUUGGAUCUACACCUCAAGGCAAAUCUUUAAUUGGUAAUGCCCAUUUGCUAAAAUAAAAAUCAUAGAAGGGAGGGUUUUGUAUGUGCAAGCUACAGCUUUAAAUAUGUUAAGCCGCGGAUAGUCCAAAGUGUUUACACGGUACUUGUAUAUUUAGACAGAAUUCAAGUGCACAGUUACGCCCUUUUAAAUUAGCGUUCGCACAUUUCAUUUACCGAGAAUGUUCGCUGGAUUAAAGUGUUACAAAAAGUGCUUCUUUUAUGUCUCCUAAAAAAGAUGAGAGAAAUCCCUCUUUGCCUAUGAUGAUGUUAAGGCAAAGAUUAACCCGGCUGUGAUACUCCGAGUGCAUUUAAAAAGCCGUGGGCGACUGAGGGCAUAAAGCAAUCAGUUUAUAUCAUCUCAUUAAGCGCUAUAGAAGGCAGCCAAACUAUAGUUCGUUAGAUUUAAAAUCCAAAUCGACACCCCCUUACGAGACGAGCAACUGAGGGUGUCUAGUAUUGCGACACGCCGGGAGUUCGGUGUGGUAUUGUGCGUCGGUAUUUUGUAUCAUGUUAUCAUGAGCUGGUUGGUGCAAGGCGCCCUGUGGACUCAGUGCUCGGUACUCGGAGCAAAAAGGCAGGUGCAAGGAAAGCAAUCAAAUACUCGAGAUUAUUGUCGGGAAAUCACACUGAAGGAGCCUAAAAGCCUUUGUUGUGCAGUGUGCUUGGGAAUAAUAGGGUCAAGGAGCUCAUGCUUAUCAUCCUUGCCUCCCUUUAAAUCCACGUGAGAUAAACAAAUUACUGCAGCCGUCCAAUCGCAGCACUAAGCAUUUAUCCGUAAGCCGUGAUUAUAAGUGACUCGGAGUGAUCACAGCCUAAAAGCUAUCAAAUAUGGGAUAGCUUCAUCAUUCCAUGAAAGACAGUUUCUCAGUGAAGAUUGGCUCAUCGGAAGAUUGACCGUGUAUCUCAAAGAAGCACUGAGGAUUAUAGCAAAAACAAACAGGCAAUAUCAGAGUCCAUUUUGCGUGACUAUGAAGCGAGGAAUGAAAAGGUUAGCGAAAUUAGCUUGACCAAGAAUUCCUGCUUUUUUAAUUUACGCGACAAAUUAGUACUUUCAAGAGAUGGCCAUGAACAGCUCACGGAACUUCACCAUCGUUUGCGAAGACUAUUACGCUCUUGCUCACCUCGUCCCGCCCUGGCACGGUGAUCCGCUAACCGUCGCUCUAGCGGUCCUCUACGUUAUCGUUAUUGUGUCAGCCAUAGUGGGCAACGUGCUUGUGUGUAUAGCAGUGUGUAUCAGUAGCAGUCUACGGCGUGCGACCUCUUCGUACUUCAUAUUCUCUCUCGCAUUGUCCGACAUUGGUACCGCGUCUCUCUCGAUGCCGUUCGACCUGGAAGCGCUAACCCUGUCCGGUUGCUGGCCAAAGGGGCGUGGCGAGGGCCUGUGUAUCGUCUGGACUGUGACGUACCUCAUCACCGUACCGACUUCUAUUCUUAAUCUGUUUGCGCUCAGCGUGGAUCGCUAUAAGACGCUGAGAGAUCCGUGGGAUCGGUUCAAGGAGUCACCUUCGAUGACACCGCGGCGAGCUGUAGCGAUCAUUGUAUUCAUUUGGGUGUAUUGUCUCCUCUUUGCACUAGUACCAGUGCUAGGGGUGCAAUAUUACGGACCACAAACACUUCUUUACGGAAGAUGUAUUUUUAACAUUUCCCCAACAACGAGUAUGGUAAGCUCGUUCCUUAAUUUUUAUCUGCCGAUGUUCGCCAUGUGCUGGAUCUAUUAUCGUAUUUACCAGAUAGCGCACACGCAAUACAACAUCCCCACAGGUCUCGAAAAGCACGACUAUAGUAUUGUCAAGCCCACCUCGAGUCUCUCUCAGAUUGGCGCCGAUAAGAAAUCCGUGACAGAAGUCAACGACGACGAAGAGAUGGAGGAUCGGCUAGAAAGCGCGUUUUUUCCGCUAGAAUUACAGGGAUCUGACGUACAAGCGCGCGAACCCGAGGAGGGGGAUGGACCUGCGAGUGUCAAAGAGGUGGUAAAUACGUGUGAACACGAGAAGACGGGUAGCGAGACUGUAUCAGGGGUUGAAAACCAGGCUUUUGAUCAAAACGACACCGAUACGGUUAAUGUAGUAGCCACGGUUAUUGAUGUGAACGCAAGGAAGGAAAGAUCAGGAGUCAAGCCUUUUAAGAAGAAUAAACCCGCUGACCCCUGUGCUUAUUCAGCAAAGACAACAAUCCCUCGAGUUAUGGAUAAAAAGACUGACGCAUCAAGGGGAAGUCGAAAAAGAUCCACGGCGCCCGCACAUCAGGUAACCGCGAUUUCGCAAAUUCCCGCUCAGCGGGUGGCAAAGGACGAACAUAGCGAUUGUGAAUUGGUGAAUAAAUGCCGCGAAGUUACCCAAGAAAGCUCAACAGACACAACCAAGGGCGAAGGAAAUAACAACAGUGACCCUAUUCAAGGUGAGGUAUUAGCAUUCGGUGAUGGCAACUCAGAUAAAGAGACAAAUGGAAGUUCAAUUAAGCGAACGGAGGAGGGCCAGUCUGAUCUCGAGCGCAUACAGACGACUCCAAGUAUAAUCAUACAAUAUCCUAGGCACUCGGAAGACUCCGCAGAUGACGAUAUCCCCGCGGGACAUCCUGCGAGAGAGACCUUUUACCCUGAGAAUCCAACCAGCAAUGCAGCGGAUAAGGGGAUUAACAGGCUCAAAAUAGCGCGGUGCAGCACCCGUACAAUAGCCGCCGGCAAGACUCAAGGAAACAUCGAUAAACUCGGUGCCACGCAGGGCUCCAUACAGGGGAUCCGCAAGAAGCGCUAUCGCGUAUUCGUGAAAAACACAAAAGCAGCGCGCACGAUCGCAAUUAUAGUCAGCGCGUACCUGACAUGCUGGGUUCCCUUCACCACUAUAAGCAUCGUGGUGAACCUAUGUGAGGGUCCGUGUUGGGAUGCCAUACCGAAUGCCGUGUGGGCGGUUCUUAUGCUUGUAGGGUACCUGAACUCUGCACUGAACCCUCUGCUAUUCAGCCACCAGAAUCCCCACUUCAGGAGGGCUUACAGAAGGAUGUUAAGGGCUUUGUGCUCUUGCUGCUAGGCCAGAAAUACUAACUUCAGGAGGGCUUACAGAAGGAUGGUAAGGGCUUUGUGCUCUUGCUGCUAGGCCAAUAAUACUAACUUCAGGAGGGCUUACAGAAGGAUGGUAAGGGCUUUGUGCUCUUGCUGCUAGGCCAAUAAUACUAACUUCAGGAGGGCUUACAGAAGAUCCAGUAUCCGUUUCUCGAAAAAAAAAAAGGAAAAAAGAGAAUUCCACUCAAAAAGACACUAUGAAGUGUUCGAGAUUCUCGGAUGCCCAGCGGCAAAAAAACGACCAGUGUAAUAGCGUUGUUCUAAAAAAAGUAUUUGGUCUAGAAUAGAUUUAGUUGUUGCAAGCAACGCUUUAUCAAAUACUAGAUAAGUUAUCAAUAUCAAUAGCCUACAAGCCACAUGGCUCUACUUAGAUUCAUUAUCAUUACCGAAAAUAUUGGGUUCUUGGAUUUUAGCGGAGCUCGCACACGGCGCAUGGCCUCAUACCUAAAAAAAAAUAAUACAAGAAAAAUAUGGUAACCAUCGACUCGAGUUUUUAUGACGCGAUGUCAGUCCGUUCCCCCAAAAUAUAUCGCAUGGUAAACAAACUUUGUCGUUUAUGUGUUAAGGGGGUGGAAAAAUAUUGGCAACUGAUUUGUGACGUCAUUAAUGACGUCAUUAAUAGCAAAACUCUGCCGAUGAAUAAAAUAUAUUCAUACUUCAUGAAAAACCAUCGUAUGGGAACAAAACUAGGUAGAUAGUAUAUAGGUGGCAACGACGCCGUCACUAAAAGUAAAACUAUUCUGACUCCAUCAAAAACAACGAGAUCAAGGGGGGAUGCAACGAGAUUGCCAGGACAUCAAGGGGGGUGCAACGAGAUUGCCAGGACAUCAAGGGGGGAUGCAACGAGAUUGCCAGUACAUCAAGGGGGGAUGCAACGAGAUUGCCAGGACAUCAAGAGGGGAUGCAACGAGAUUGCCAGGUGAUGUGGGACAUCAUCGAUGCCGUCAUUAAAAUAUAUUUUUUUGAAUCUGACGCCAUCAGAUUCAAGACAUAUUCAUGUCCCAUUAAAGAAAUAUCGUAUGACAACUGAUCUUGGUAUGUGGUAUGUGUAGUUGUCAAGGGGGAUGCGACGAUAUGUUCACGUGAUGUGUGACGUCAUCAAUGACGUCACUCAAACUGUCUAUAUCCUGAUUGAUUUAUCGUCAUAGUCACAUCGUGGUCACACACACUACUAAACGUAGUUCAAGGAUAUAAGGAUCGUGGUGUGUGACGUCCUCGUUAGCGACACAAGCGACGUAAAGCUAUAUAUUGAAAUUAUGGAACAAAAAUUUUGUUUUUGAGUUGAAUUUGAGUUUUGGUUUGGAGCUCCUCUAUUAAGCUUUGCCUGAAUGUAUAUAUUAGAAUUUGUUUUUCAGAAUAAUGGCAAAGGGAGAAGGACGAAUGUCUGAUAUUUUGCCGGGACGCUCGAGUUACGCGAGGGGCGUUAUUUUAUUAAUAUGAAAUUAUUUUUUGUCCUCUUUCUAGUUAAAUUAUCUGUUUAUUAUAACAUGUUUGUGUAAUGCGAAUGUAUGCCAUGGGACUAAUAAAUGGGUAAAUGGACGUAUAAAAAAAUAGUAACGGAGCUGUUGUUUGGAUAAUAGCUGAAAAACGAAUUGGUCUCGAAAGAUGUCUUUACUUCGCUUUUCAAUAUUUUGCGACCAGCAGUUAAAUCGCCUUCGGGCUCCCGUCAUUGAAAAUCCUGGAACUGUUGCACCAAAUGUAACUCAGUUUUAGUGGUGCAUGUUUAACCAUUCCCUCGUCCCCUCCCCCUCCCAGCCUCCUGAACCUUAGCAAAUGCAAGGAGAACUGCCAACAAUGGCCAAGAGGUGGAAUGUUUCAUUCCCUCGUUCCUCUUUUUCCUUGUUAUAGUCUUCUUGGCAAGGGAUUGUGCGCUUGGCUUGGUUUGGGUGGAUUGGUUUGGAAAGUUUGUUUAGCUUUCUUGGCCUAAGGGCGAUCCUUGGUUUGUACUACUUCUAAGCUACUCGCUUGUAUGGUCGCAAGCUUAUGUUCCAUAAGUUAGCAAACAGGUGCCAAUCAAAAGUAUUUGGUGCAAUGAAGCGACAAGUGGCAUGAAAAACGUGAUCCACAAUACCACCACAUGUUGCCGGGUCAACUUUAUUCAUAAAGAAGCUUGAAUGGAGCGCAGAAAUAUUUUUUUAUAACGUGUUUUAAAACAAUUACUUUUCUUGACGAUUGUGACGUUAUUAUUCUGUCGAAUAAGAAAAAAUUGGUAAACCAGCUUACUAACUUUUGUUGGCCUUUAAAAAAAAGGCCAAAACCUACAUUAUUAAUUCAUACCUUGCAUCUAAGAAAUGUUUUAUAACACAUCAACAGCGCUUACAUUAUUCACUUGGCCCAAAAUGUCGAGAAAGCUACUCGUAAUUCUGGCUCUUGUUGCCUUCGCUUAUACACUUGAUCUCGGGGUUAACAUAGAUGUAACACAACUCCAAAAUUAUCCAUCUUUGCUAGAUGGUCUCGACGUUGCUACUGAACUAGAAGGCUUGCGGCGACAAACUGCUAAAAAGUUGGUUUUUCUGAUUGACACAAUUCAAGGAGUAGAGAAAAAGACUUUGGACCAAACCGGCACUAUCUAUGAAGUGCAAACACAGUUGGCAUUAUCGAACUGCCCGAACAAUGGAGAGUACAAGUUUGCGCGUAUCGACAUCUGCCCAGUGGACCCGCUUACUGCGAAUGAGAAGUUGUCCUGCUUGUUUUCCAUUGUUUACCGCCCAUUGCUCUCGUCAGAGGAGAAGCUUCGAGUGGAGAGCUCACGAUGUGAUCCCAUGAACACUCAAGGGAUGCAGCAAUCGACCACAGCUGACUCAAAGGUCGACGUUGAUAUUAAUUAUAAAGAUAAAAAGGAAAAGAAGAAAAGCAAAGGAAAGAAAAGAAAGAAUGUUAAGAAAAAUUCAAAAAAGAAACACAUUACUAUCAUAGUGUAGUAUAAGAAAUAGGCGCUGCAAGAAUGUUUAAUAUUAUAUAAAGGAAUUAUAUAUCUCGAAACUAAUUGAAGUGUGACCAAAA